AUGGCAACACCAGUUUUCCACCAAUUCGAGCCUAUACCACAGUACGAAUCUUCGAGCCGACUCGCGAGCAAGAAAUAUGUCAAAGAAGUCUGUGACAUUCUUGGAAUUGACCCUACCCUAACAACCAACAACUCCGAACUUCCAAGGCCACUAGGCGGCGGAGCUGGAAGAGUAAAGAAGUUCCAACCCGGCGAGUCGAGAGAGUUUGUUGAGCGUACUAUAUCAACCUUGCCUGAAAGGCCUCGACUCGAUCCAAAAACGCCGGAGGGAGCUACAUUUACGUCGCUAGAGAAGUGGCUACACCAUGAAACGAAUGACACUUUCGAAAUAAGCCCCCAAGACGUUCGCAAGCGGGCUGCUUGGUCCUGGUGGAGGACUGCGAAGCUCCUGCGCCAAAGCGCCGACAAGUACUCUGAGGCACUAGAUGAUAGCCAGGUAUCUGGACCACGAACUUUUGAAAGUACAAUGAGCCUCUCAAAUGAACAGCUGCUCAAGUUUAAGCAGGCAUUAACAAUGAAAGCGGAAAGAGCUAUGAAUCAUGCUACGAAGCUAAAUAGUGACCUGGUUCCAGAGACCGACAUAAACUUAACCAAUUUCCCUUAUCAAUGGGGAAGCAAGAUAUCUCAGAAGGAUAUCGAGUACUACCGAGAGAUUGAUCUUAACAACGAAUUUGUUACCCGCUCGAAGAUGGCUAAGGCCUACGAGGACCAAUCUUGGCUCUAUGCUCAGGAAGCACUCCUACUUUAUGCCGAGGAAGCGCAAGAAGCAGAACUCAAGGGUCAUGUCUCACGCAUCAGGGUCAUCCCGCCACGAGUAUGGCCACCGCUGACAUAUCAAACAGGCACAAGGAAACAAGGAACAGAUAUCGAGCAGUAUACCAAUGAAGCCAUGGACAACUCCGGCAGCCUCUCAAGACUGUGGGCUAAAGCUGCAGAAUGGGGUGUGCAUAUGGCGGACAGCUUUCAUGCCUAUCACUUCCGCAGUUGGUGGAUCCGUGCUGCUAUGGCAAAGGGACAUGCUGAAUGGUUACUCAAAGAACCUCUGCCACAAUUCAGGCAACUUCUUCACACCGGAACAAAAGUAACUGCCCCUUGGAGACUUAUUCCGCCUCCUCCCAUCUCGUACUACGACAACGAUUGUGGGCCACAGUCGCUACUCGCGUUCCAGGCGUCUGAAGAGGAAUUGUUUGAGAGGGCUGGAAAGAAAUUAUUCCCUCACUUUCCGGAUGACGAAUACUAUACGAAGUACAAUCUUACAUCUCAUCAUGUUUGGGAGCUGCAGUCGAUGAUUGGUGAUCCCGAAUUCUCAUUUCUAUACGGCUGCCCUGACUUUGUUUUCACGGAGAAAGCAAAAACUGGCUGGGAACGCGAGAGACUAGGACUGUUCCCCACUGAUCAUGAAGAUUACGCGUUCAUGGUCGGCUUCCACGAGUAUUACUGCCGGAAGGGUCUCAUAGACCAGCUCCCAGUCUGUUCUGCGCCAUACGAAAAAGCACUCGCAGUGUGCGUUGACGAUGUAUUCCUUGCUCGGUCCCGAUCGCUCACCCAAGAAAUCAUUCUCCUCAACAGCAACCCUACCAAAGCCGUCGUCAACAACAUCAUUGCUGCUCUAGAAAUUCUUUAUGCACGACGCUUACACAUGACGUUCUGUGAGGCACGCGCAGCAGAUUUCGACGGUGCAGUCUACGACUUGGUACAGACGCACAUUGCGUCUCUCCAAUUACAAUUUCCAUGUGGCAUUGAGGACACCAAAACUCUUUUGUGCAUCCAGGAUCAGCUGAAAUACCCGCUGCUACCAUGGUUCCAGCUGUCCUUGAUGUGCACGAGGACGCACAUUCCGUCCGUGCUUCUCCGAUCCUGCACCACGGGGCGGAUCCACGACUUGCAGCACCCCAUCCCGCCCAACAUCUCAAACUGUUGGACGCUGACUCAUUCGCUGCGAUACUUCUUCGUCACUCGCAUCUACCACAUCUGCGUUUCUCUUGGUCACAGGAUUGUCCAUGAGCCGGAAAGGUCGGGAAAUAUAUCAAUGAUCUAUCUGCGCUUUGCGUUUGUGUUCCGCCCAUAUUUGGAAACAGGAUGUGAUUCGAGAAAGAUGCCAUAUGUGACGUCUGGGCUCCUGGAGAGUCGCGAGCAUGAUGUCCCAUACCUAGAUUGGCAGUUGUUAGCUGGUAUUCACUGUGCGCCAGAUUGCACUUGCCCAAUGAGAGAUAGGGAGGCGCAGAUGAGGUCGAAGUUGCGUGAUAAGCAAGGGACGAGUUUGGCGGCGCGGACAGGGAGGUUAAAUAUUGUUGAGUGGUUUAAUGGGCUGGAGAAAGACGGGAUUAAUAUUGCGUGUAUGAUGAUGGAUAGGGCAUAUUUUGCUGCGUAG